AUGAAGGCGGAAAACGUCGCGGAAAUGCGAAAGUUGAGAGAUACCGUGUCCGCAUCUCUUGCGGCUCUCACUAAUCUAAAGCGGCCGGAUAUCCACGAAUUCCUCACGCUUCGAAUACGAGGUCUGUCGGACUUCUCCGACAAUCCUAAAGUAAUCGUCAAUUCUAAGAGUGACAAAACGCAGUCCUCCGUUCAUAAUCUUUCUGCGAUUAAGUGCAUUUGCUGUUCCGGCAGUCAUUCAGUUACGAAGUGCGAGGAAUUUCGUCGGAAAAACGCGACACUGCGGCAUACAAUCGCGCGACAGAAUCGAGUCUGCUUCAAUUGUUUGCGAGCCGGACAUUUCACGCCGAAAUGCUCGAGCAAAAUUCGAUGCGCUCAUUGUCAACGCUUUCAUAACACAUUGUUACACCCUGAGAAUGAUCAAAAUCAGGACAUAGCGGAAAAUUCCCGUUUAUCGAAUUCGAGCGUUAAUGCGUCUACUACCACGAGUAAGACUGUCGUAGUCGGCGACGCCGCCGUCGCCAGCGUGCAAACUAUCAAACCUCCGAAUACCACGAUGCCCACCGUUCUUCUCGCGACCGCCUUUAUUUCCGAAGCAUUGAGUCAAACGCUUCGCACUAAACGACAGAGGACCGAUCUUCAAAUAAAAGGUUUCGGGGAGAAAUAUACCGGUUCUGCGCGAUCGAGAGUUUCACUAAAUUUGACGCCGUGCGAAAAAUUGAAUCCUGUUUUUCCGGUCACUGCGUAUGUAUUCCCGCGAAUAACUUCGUACGCCGCGUCGCGAAUUCGGCCUAUAGAAUCGUGGCCUCAUUUACAGGGCCUUUUACUAGCGGAUCCGGAUCCAUCUAGUCGACAUCAGAUUCAUAUGCUGAUCGGCGCGGACGUGUACGGUUCGCUCUUGUUGCGCGACCUGAGACAGGGCCCUCAUGGAGCGCCCACUGCCCAAUCGACCGUGUUCGGUUGGAUAAUCUCUGGACCGACCGGAAGUAAAGAAACUACUUCACAAAAAGUAGCUGUUUUGAAUUGCGUAUCCGUGCUAGAUGUGGACUCUCUUCUCCAGAAAUUCUGGGAGGACAAAGAGAUUCUCACGCCGACUCCCCUCACGGAGGAGGAGGAAAAAUGCGAAUCUCAUUUCGCUCAAACGCACAGUCGUGAUCCUGACGGUCGUUAUGUCGUGAGAUUACCCUUCAAAAAUACUUUGCCGAUCGAUAUCGGGGAAUCUCUUUCCAUAGCGCGUACAUUGUACGGUCGUCUGGAAAAUAAAUUGAAUUCGAAAUCCGACCUCUGUUCGCUAUACAGAGACUUUCUUACAGAGUACGAGGCACUUGGACAUAUGACUCGCGUUUGCGAGUCAGAACCCACUGAGAAUAUACCGAUUUAUAUUCCCCAUCAUCCAGUAAUGAGAGAGGAUAGUUGCACCACAAAGCUUCGAGUCGUAUUUAACGCGUCGUGUAAAACACGGAAUGGCGCGUCACUUAACGACCACUUGCUCAUCGGGCCAAAGUUGCAGCAGGAUCUCCCUGCCGUCUUAUCGCGUUGA